CUAAUUUGUACUACGGCGGGAGCCUUCGCUUUAUUUUUCAAAAACAGGCGAAGUUCACCGUUCUUCUGCUUGUGACUCUAUAACAGAGCAGAGUGGAAGUUUUCGCGUCCAUGUUAGUCCCCACUACGUAACAUUUUGUCGUUCCUUUGUUUUUGAAAAGGUUCUUUGAACGCCUCCUCUGCUUAAUUUCGAGGUCUCACCAAUCAACAGCAAGUAGCCGCGGCAAUGGUUGAGGCGAGCAGUGACUUGCUCCUUCCCGUUUACCACGACGAGGAGCUGGUAGCCAACCUGCUCUCCAGCGAAGAGACGAGUGCUGACGAUGGUGCCCUUUCCCUGGUUGAGGCCCUCAUCCCGGUAUUGGACCCCCCCUUCGCCCAACUCCCGUGGGUGUGCUCCACCCGCUACAAGACAGAGCUGUGCGUCCGCUAUGCCUCCACAGGCUCCUGCCAGUACGCCGAGCGCUGCAGUUUUGCCCACGGCCUGCGUGACCUCCACGUACCUUUCCGGCACCCCAAGUACAAGACGGAGCUGUGCCGCAGAUACCACAUGGUGGGCCACUGCUACUACGGCAGCCGCUGCCUGUUUGUCCACGGCGCCGCCGAGCAGCGGCCCGUGCCGCAACGCCCCCGCCGCAGCGUACCCUGCCGCACCUACAGCAACUUUGGCAUUUGCCCCUACGGCACGCGCUGUAACUUCCUGCACGCAGAGGACCCGAGGAGCAACAAAAUCACCCCUAACCUCCCUAAGGCGCGGAAACCCCGGGAAACCUUCUGCCGUACCUUCAGCACUUUCGGCUUCUGCGUGUAUGGCACACGAUGCCGCUUCCGACACGUCGUCCCCUGCACGGUGAAAAGCUCUGAGCCCGGUCCGGGCAGUGCGGGCCCGGCCUCACCUGCUUUGGAGUCCCCGUCGCCAUGUACCUCCCCGCAGGCUCAAAACGCCUUCACCUUCUCCAGCCAGCAACUCGGCGACCUGCUGCUACCUCUGGCCUUGCAUCUGCGGCAGAUGGAGAGCAACAAGGCCCGUGACAUGUUCGAACAAUAUCAAUCUUGAACUCCGUUUUGAAGGUUUUCUUUUUUCUUUUUUUAGCUGUGUAAUUUUUGUAACUUUUUUUGAUCACAUUGCUUUAUUUUAAUUUUUUAAAGAUUUUUUAUAAGUAAUCUCGGUCAUGUGUUUUUCAACCAUAAGUAGUUGGGCUGUCCGACUGAAACGAAAGUGUAAUAUAAGUUUUAACUGUUGUACAUACUGGCAGGAAUGACUAACGUGGUGUGAAUAAAAUGAUUUUAAGACGA